AUGGAGAACCAUAACUUCCACCACUUGAUUGUUUUCUUCCUCUGUGUAGUAUGCCCAUCUUCCGUGUGGAUUUCGUUUGGAACGAGUUGCUACGCUUUACUUCAGGGACCGCUGGAGACCCAAAGUAUUGAUGAUGCCAGGGAAUACUGCAAAGGCAACGCUUCUGGAGCUGAUAUUAUUAGCGUAAAUAACAGAGAGGAGAAUGACUUUAUCCAAAAGAUUUUCCAUAACCAUUGGCGUGGUCCUGAAUAUAUAUCAUUGGGCAUGUUUUUUGACACAGAUGAUGAUGUUUUCAAAUGGUACGAUGAAUCUGAAGUGAAUUUUAUGAACUGGGAGAAGGAGGAUAGUAAUGAGGAACCCCUGAACACCUGUGCCACUAUGCACACUAUCUCAGGUGGAUGGAAGAAAACAAGCUGUGAGCAUCUCCCCCUGAAUGAGAUCCUGUGUGAAACUGCCAGCGUGCCUGUAGUUCUGUAUGAAAAGGAGUAUUUACUGGAUGAGAAAGUAUGGACAACCACCUUGGUCAUAACAUCAACGAUCAUUGUAGCAGUGUCUGCAGCAUUUCUUUGGUUCCUUUAUCAAAGGAGGGUUUCUUCUGGAACAAGAUGUACUGCACAUAGUUCCAGCCUUCAAGUUUCCUAUAGUGAUGAAGAGGUUCUUGUAGGUGAGGAAAAUGAAUAUAUUGCCUAAAUUCCAUCCAUUCCAUCCAUAAUUAUAGAAGGGGUGAAAAGCUUGUCCUCUGAGCAACAAAACACUGACCACUGAAGUCCGGGUACAAUUUCUAUGUUACUCUGACAUUUUCAGUUGUUAAUGUAUUUGCUUUUACUCAUUUGAAGUAAUGUUCUAUCUAUGCAACUGUUCUAUAUAUAUAUAU